AUGAUGAAUUUGGGCGCCUGCAGAGUGAGACCUUCCACUCUUCUAGCACUUAUUUUCCUUGGGCUCUUCAUUGGCCACACUACUGCCUCCUUGGGUGACCACCUCCCCGACUUCAAAGAAUGUGUCCAGGUUUGUAAAACGGAGAACUGCCAGGGCGGCAAUUCGGUACUGCCAUUAUGCCACCGCCUGUUAUUAUGGACCUGCCCGGCCGAGUGCGACUAUACCUGCCAACAUGUCAUUACCGACCGCCGAGUCUCUCGUGACCCCCCGAUGCUGAACCCCGUGGUUCAGUUCCACGGCAAAUGGCCCUUCCGAAGAAUCAUGGGGAUGCAGGAACCCUUUUCGGUGCUGUUUUCCUUCUUCAACUUCAUGGCCCAUUGGCACGGCAUGUCCCGGAUCCAAGAAUCGAUUCCCGCCUGGCACUCACUUCGCAAGUAUUACAUGACAUUUGGAUACAUCGGGCUGGCCAGCUGGACCUUCAGUAUGGUCUUCCAUAUGAGAGAUUUCGGUCUGACUGAGAAGCUGGACUAUUGGGCGGCCGGGGCCAGCGUUCUCUACGGUCUGUAUCUGGCCGUGGUGCGCAUCCUGCGCCUGGACUUGGAAACCCCAGAAUACCGCCCCACUCUACGUCGCCUGUGGACAGGUAUAUGUAUUACGCUUUACACGUUGCAUGUCUGCUAUCUCAGUUUCUGGUCUUGGGAUUACACGUACAAUAUGGCCGCCAACGUCGCCGUGGGUAUCGUGCAGAACCUGAUCUGGACGGUGUUCAGUAUCGUUCGGUACCAGAAACAUCUCAAGUCGUGGACGGCUUGGCCCGGCAUGAUUGUUGCAUGGAUUAUCCUAGCCAUGAGUUUGGAGUUGCUGGACUUCCCGCCGUGGCAUGGGUUGAUUGACGCACACAGUCUGUGGCAUCUUGGCACUGUGGUCCCCACUGCCUGGUGGUACUCGUUCCUCAUCAAGGAUACACAGGACGAUAUCGCAGGCCACCGACUGAAGGCGUAG